AUGGAUACCGACGCCGCGGUAAUCGGCAAAUUGAAAUAUUCCACUUCUUAAUUAUAAUUUAAUUUUCAUAAUAUUAAUGAUCUCAGAAAAAGUCUGUUUUUAUUUUUAAAAGCAGCAUGAAGUCUAGCUGUGUCUCAUUUCCUAAAUGUCGGCAGGACCAUGUCCACUUUAAUAUCGGGAGGAUUUUCCUUUUAAAUUAAAAUAAUUAGAAAUCGCACACCCUAUUACACAAAAAGCUAACUUAAGAGAUAUUGAAGGAGUGGUGGUUUGGCAUGCGAUAUAUUGAUGGCUUGUCUGCAGUUGCGUGCACUAUUCAAUAGGUGCAACAUCCUCGGAACCAAGAAAUUAUUAAUAUUUCCUAUACAAAAGCCGAAAAGACGGUCAUUUUGAUACAAGACUGCUCUUCUUACAAAGCUAUAAAAGUUUUUGCAAUCAAAAUUUUGGACUUCUUUCGACGAAAAUACAUAGGUUGCGUUACCCGAGGUUUGUUGGCUUAAGAACCAGCUGGCUAACCAGCUAAUAAUUGUGCAAUGCAAAGUACAUCAGAGUAAUAACUUUCCACAAUUUCAAAACGUGCUUACACAUCGGUGGGUUCAGAAGAACCUUGAGGCUGAUGCGCGCAAUUACCACACGACAUUGUUUGGUACUUUACGGUAACAGCGCGCAGGUAAGGUACGUUACCUGGCUUAAGUCAGGUAAAGCGAUAAAUUUCUUGCUUUGCAGCAUAACUGUUGAUUAAAGUAGUAUGUCUGCAUGAUGACGGGGACAAAAUUAUUUGUCUUGUUCCUUGCUUAGAGCUUUCGUGGCUAUCUAACAGCUUUUCGAUGCCAUAUCGCCAACGUUAAUCUUUAUUUUUCGACUAUUUGCCAUUCGUUUCUGACGGAUACAUUUAAUCAUUUGUCUAACGUUUCUCCGAACACAACCAAAUAUAGACAGUUUAUUGUAUCUGUGCAUGUUUUAUAUAAAUCGGAGAGCUACAAAUAUUCACCUUGCAUUUAAAGGACCUGUAAUCAUAGAUAGAAAUACUGUAUCAUAAAUAUGAUUUCUAUGACUACAAGUUUCUAAUGGUUUCUUUACCAUUGCAUACGCUUAAGUUUUCCUUCUCAAGAAGAUAGUUGUUGCAGGUUAACCCUAGCUGUUUAAGUUAGCGAUCCUUGUAGAUUUUCUCAGGAUGGCAAUGCAACACGGGCUCACACUUUUGAAAAUGUCUUCAGUAUUAUUUAUAAAGUUGAAAAAUAGUUCAUCUACUACCCCAAGAACGUAAAAAUUAUACAAACAUUGCUCUAUGUAUUUUCACGCAGACCGAAACCGAGAAAAUAUUUGUACGCUUGCAAGCGCACAGAGGCGUGCUUGCUCUCGUGGCUUCUACCGCUGAAGGUAACUUACAUUUAUAUUCACCUCAGUUAUAAUAUUCUCUGACAGUUUGUUAGUUGCUUUGAAAAAUCUAGUUUAAGAAAAAAUGACAGGAUGAAACAGACUCAAAACCACACCAUUUAGAAGUUAUACUCAGUCAUGAAACCGUUAUUAUAAACACAAAAACCGACAGGCGACGGAUUGCAGUUGCGGUAUUUCAAACAGUCAUUAAUUGACUACGAUCCUGAUUUUCUGUAUUAUUAUUUGCAGCCAUACUUUGUUGAUCGAGAAGACAACGUGCAUAAUCAUGUCCGGUUUGCAAAACCUCUCCUUUGACUAAGCUGCACACAAAAUCCUUUGGAUGACAAAAAGACCACAGUUCUCUAAUAUGCCUUUUUACUGUCGCAAAGAGGUAAACGAAGAUAACAACACUAUUUUAAAUUUGUGGACAAAUACAAAACCACGCGUUGAUUGAAACGAGAAGCCAUUAAUUGAUAAUAAACCUUUCUCAUAUUAGUUGUUCUAUUCAAAAAGCUGUCUAUGGUGACAUCGUCAGUAACAAACGCCGCUCCUUGAGGAUUUUACGACCUACCUUAUUUUAAAAUAACGGCUCACACGAGAUAAUUAAAUCAUUUGAUAGAAACCCAGGCGCAUAAUGUUGUAUUCGUGAAGCUUUCUAUAUAGAUACGCUUACUAAUUUUAAUUAUUGUGUUUGAAUUCGAGCAAGUUGGUGUUAUCUGUUGAAGGAAACACAGGUUUUUUCAAAAACUACCGAUCUUCUACGGACUUUUUCCCAAACAUUUUUAUAUGGUAUUUUUACGACAUACUCUUGACAUCUAACUUCAUUCGCGCCCCUUAAAUCUGCAAACCUUGUUUCAAUGAGUUGGAUAAUAAAUGGUUUCUGUAUAGAUGAGACUGUAGUAUUUUGCCAGUAAUGAAAAGCUUUGGCCAAAAUUUACCAACGUAUUGACAGUUUGACCGUCUUUACCAACGAUAUCCACCGGAUGCUACACACCAGGAUGCAGCAGACAUGGCGACUUGCGCGUGAAUUAGUUAAUAGGGAUAAUAGACAUUUGCCGCAUCUACUGCCCUGUUUCCCCCGCACUCCUCACCUGCACCCGAUGUCAGGACAGAGUCCAGAAGACUGGAUACAGGGGGCAGAUGGUGCGAUCGAACCCGCACCCUGGCGUUCCACUCCACACCCCUUGGUCCACACGACAAAUGACCAAGCUUUCUGACCAACAACAACACCCUAGGAGGGAUCACUAAGACGAGGAACGCAAGCGCAUAUACCAGGUGCCAGGCAACUGCGAUCGCAUACCAGACUGCGAGAGCCACUGUUCGCUGACACUGACAUAACAAAUGCUCUCAGACCUUUCGACCUAGAAGAGCGGCACCUAGUCCCGCAUGUAGCCUGUGCCGUCAUCCUUCAGUCGUCGACUGAGAGACACCUCCCAUAAAGCACACACACUCUUCUCACAUGCAUGAGUGUCAUAGAUUGCUUAGGAGGGGACUGUGACAGCCUGGCUCUCUGUGCGGUGAAUUCGCAAGUGACCGACCAAACCGAUGCGCGAGGUAAAUGUACGGGGACAGUGUGGACACGAAGAGUCGGCAGUGUCAGUAUCAGGUUCGGUGGUGGGCGCGCUAGGCGACGAGGUGUGGGUUGGGGCGAGCAUGGUGGGUGUUGUCAACCUAUUUAUAAAUCUUUGCUAUUUGUCCGCAUAGCAAUAAAUAAGCAAGGCUUUAUAGUACGCAUGCGUAAAGGAAAGACUUUGAUGUGUACAAAUUACCAAGAAUUUUGUUUACAAGAUGCAUUAGUAAGAAUGUCUUAAUAACUUGACAAGAAAUAAAUGGCAGUACACAUAAGUUUGAACGAUUUGUGUGUACAAUUUGUAAGCUUUGUAUAUUUUGAAUUGUUGUUUCUGCUGAAUAAAAUUAUCUUCAAGGUAACAUUAUCCGAAGAAAAAGUAUAUUAUGAAUAAGGAAUUACCAAAUCUUCUAACUUCGAACAUUGUGAAAAUGCCCAAAUUUUGGUAUUUAAAGAAUCGCCAAAACUGCCGUUCUCCAACUUUAUAAGAAAUAUAAAGCCUGUUCACCACAUGGUUUUCGAUUACUAGGUAUUUACAUCGCUUUUUCGGAAAAGCGACCAACCAAUGCUUUUGUGUCACUGACGAAAUUGCUCUCAAUGAGUGACUUCGUUGCAAUAUUUAAUAAGUACAUGUAGGUGUAUGUUUUGGAGACGAAGAUACGUGCCGGAAAGAAACACAAACGUGUUUGUUUGACGUAUAUUCGAGGGCAGCUGAAUCCUGUUCGUCGUCGUGACAUCUGUCAAGCUUCUUGGCUGGUACACUCGACAUAUUGUGCCUGUGCAAUGCCGAAUGCAAAUAUGUGGCCGUGUUAGGGACACAUCAGCGUCACCAAGUGUUUGUAAGUAAGGUCACAACAUUCGUCGUGUCUAGCGUGUGGCCUGUACGGCCAAGGCAGUGACGUCCAGCACAUAUCCCACGGUCUGGAUUCAGUCUGGCGGAGAUAAUAAAGGUAAAGUGCACAAUAUGUAAUGUAUAUUCCCGAUCGCAGUCGGCAGGACAACAAGACCGCGGCUCGGCGGUUAGAUGCAUUGGAGUUCCAACCAGCAGGUCGUGGGAUCGAGCCCCAGGUGUUUCACACUCCGCAGUCGGGCACGGCUGUCUGACGACGACUUAUAUGUCAGAUCAGGCUACUAAAAUGAACCGAAAAAGUCAAAAUUCCAAAAGAUAUCUUGACCUCAUUGAUCUUGACCUAAAGCGAACAAGUUUUGCAAUUUGACUGCAAAAUCUUUGUUGCCCUUUAAUAUUCAAUGGUCUGUGCACUCCAAUUUUUGAGUAAGUAGACAAUUUCGGCUCCAAUGCGACAGGUUGUCAGGUAAUAUGUAAAAAAUGCCCCUUUCUUUUCGCACUGUGAGCAUAUUAAUUUUGCACAAACCUUAAACCGCUUCAGAAAAAGUCCCGGAAAUUCGAUAUUUUAAACGUGUGGGAAAUAAAUUUUCAAAAAUAAAAUCAAAGCCUUUUGAAAAUAUCUUAUUUGGAAAUGAGUCUGAAUCAGGGGUCUAGUCUGCAGGUGUACUUUAAAUUGGACAUUAAAUCUCACGAGGAGUAAUAUUCCCGAUCACAAAUGAUAAGAAUAUGAUCGCGGACUUUGAAAGCCUUUUGAGAUCAGAGAGCCCGGGUUCGAAUCCUAGACUGCAUUCAGCUUUUAGUUUGUCAGAGCUAAUUACCGACAUUUCGUAGGUCAGAAAUGAUCGUUCUAGCCUCCCUGGUCUUUGAUGAUACCCCUUCUUGCAGAAUAAAUCAUCGCGUCUGUCCCAGAGAAAAUCAGACCUAAAUAAAUGUUGCGGUUUUUAAUUGCUGGGUCUCCUUUUUGUUUAGGCAUUCCUAUUCGCACCACUAUAAACCCAGGUGCAACUCAGGUGCACUGUUCUGCCCUUAAGCCCUUGGUUUCCAAGUCAAAGGAUGUGGUACGCAGCCUGGAUCCAACUGACGACCUACAAUUUCUUCGUUUACGAGGCAAAAACACAGAGAUAAUACUUGCACCAGGUAACUGACAGUAUUGUGUGCUUUUGCGGAAUUUUGUUUCUCAGACGGCAAAACAUUUGCUGUCGUGACGCCACGCCUGAACCUGAAUCUUCACUAAAUGACCAAUUUGCUUCCCACAUAAAGCCCACCGGAGUGUCGUGGUCCGCGUUGAUUGGAGUGGCUGUUAGGUUAGCCACUGUCAACAGCCGUCUGGAAAUCCUAGUAGAAGAUGUCAGAAAAAAAGGGGGGGGGGGCGAGAAUGUGAGGCUGUUUUUGCGCAUUCAACCAUGUGUCCCUCACAUGUUCAUCUGAACCUUCGGACUCCUUUUAAAGCUGGUUUUCCUGAAAACGAUUGCCAGUGCUGCGCGCGUGUGGUUGUUGGUUGUGCGGAGAUAAAAAGGGGUACGUUUGCUGCCAGCAUGCAGGGCAUAAGAGGACCGAUAGGUUUCGAUGCCAACUGUCCCUUCAGGUCUUCGUUAACUAACCUAUGCACGGAAAGAGGAAGGAGGGUUUAAGGCUGUGGCCCGCUUCUGAUGGACAAACUUUGACUAGAAUGAUGGCUACACUACCGAAAAUUUUACUUGCCCAGUUAGCUGAAAUAUUUCACAAUUUGGCCGUUUAAUAGCCUACCUGUGGCCUAUAUCAGUGGAUUUUAUGACUUGACUAAAAUUAGAGCUUAUUGAAAUUGUACAGAUUUGGGGUACAAAAGCAGAUAUGCCGUGGUCGGGAUUGCAAAUAAUUUGCAAAUAAUCGAGAAAAGGAUGAGUGCAGAUUAUUAUAUCUCUGCCCUAUUUGGCUACCAAAAAGGACCCAACAAUGAAAUUAAAACCAGGGAAGUACCAUGAUGAGCUCACAUACAGCACAGUGUGACAGCAUUGGAGAUUAAUGGAGAAUUAUGGGAGUCAUAAUCGGGGCUCCUAAUAAACCGACUGUUUUAACAGAAAGCAUAAUCGAGUUCCAAGUGUCUGGUUGUAGAAUUGGUGCAGUUGGCUGGUAAAAGCCAAGUGACUUGAACCGUCCCUAAAAGUCUCCGAAAUCCUUUUUCCCCUAGACAUUUGCGUACUUCGACUCAAAACGCGUAAAUGCUGUUUCGAAAGUUGCUGUAGCAGGAUAUAUUAUACGGCUUCUUGAAGAAAAUUUUGAUUAGCUGCUCCAAAGCCCGUCAUAUUUACUCAGUAUUGUCGCAAGACAAGACCGGACCUAAUAAACAUCAAACGCAUCCGACCGGCUGGUUCUCAAAAAAUACGCGUUGAAAACUUUUGUCUGUUGCCACUUUUAAGGCCUCUGUAGAGUAUGAAUGCCUAAAAGGCUCUUGAGCUCCCUCCUCUGCUUUUUUGAUUCAACUCUUGGAAUUAACUUGCCAGGCAUUUCAGGCCUUCUUUUUUGGUUUUCAGAAGGAGGAGACUUUCUGAUUGCUGUUCAGGAGGUCGCUGAACAAUAG